ACCCUGGAGGUCAAAGGGCUUGGAUGCCUCUGCAGUGUGAUUUGUUGGAGAGCUGCCAUCGGAUCCUCCGCCUCCUCUGAAAUGCAGUCAGUCCUUAGAUGUCUCAGCUGACGCUUCCCUCACCAGCUGGAUCCUGGUGAAUGAAAUGACUUGCCUGGAGUGGCGGGGGAGGCCGAGGUUUAUCUCCCACACCCGGCACCGAGCUCCGGCAGGAGAAGUCGCAGGAGGGGAAGACGCUGCGGAGAAGUAUGCAGAUCUGUUCAAGAUGAUUUCUGGAGAGUUUCAUCUAUAAAUUGUCAGCAAGAAUGCUUAAGCACCCUGAAAAUGGAGCUUUCCUGGAAUCCUCAAGUUAACAAGCUAGACUGACACCAACCUGAGAGAAGAGGCCUAUCUAACCAAGAAUUAGAAUGGAAUCGUCAGGCCUGAAGAAGGCUUGCCCUGAGGAUGGGGACGGUUACGUCCUGCAGCCCAAGAAGGUUUCGGAUCUAGAAAUGGUACCCAACCUCAGAAGAAGUAACAGUGGCCUUUUCAAGAGCAAGAGGUCACAGUUUACUUUUGGCAGUAAUGAGAAGGAGAAUGUCAGCUCUUGGAUUCCCGAAAACAUCAAGAAAAAGGAGUGCAUGUACUUUGUUGAAAGUUCCAAAACAUCGGAUUCUGGGAAGGUAGUAUGUGAAUGUGGCUAUACUAGAGAGCAACAUAUGGAGGAGGCCACGAAGCCCCACACCUUUCAGGGAAAAGAAUGGGAUCUGAAAAAACAUGUCCAGGAAAUGCCAACAGAUGCCUUCGGGGACAUUGUCUUCACUGGUUUGGGGCAGAAGGUGGGAAAGUAUGUACGCGUCUCCCUUGACACCCCCUCCAGGGUUAUCUAUCAUCUAAUGACACAGCACUGGGGUCUUGAUGUCCCCAACCUCUUAAUCUCUGUGACUGGAGGAGCCAAAAACUUUAACAUGAAGCUGAGACUGAAAAGCAUCUUUAGAAGGGGUCUGGUCAAAGUGGCUCAGACGACAGGUGCCUGGAUUAUAACUGGCGGAUCCCACGCGGGAGUGAUGAAGCAAGUGGGAGAGGCCGUCCGAGACUUCAGCUUGAGCAGCAGCUACAAAGAAGGGGAAGUCAUCACCAUUGGAAUAGCCACCUGGGGAACAGUACACAACCGGGAAAGCUUAAUCUACCCUAUGGGGGGCUUCCCCGCUGAGUAUGUUCUGGAUGAAGAGAGUCAAGGACACCUGUCCUGCCUGGAUAACAAUCACUCCCACUUCAUCCUAGUGGACGACGGGACCCAUGGCCGAUAUGGCGUUGAGAUCCCCUUGAGGACUAAGCUGGAGAAGUUUAUCUCGGAGCAGACCAAGGAAAAAGGAGGGGUUGCCAUCAAGAUUCCAAUUGUCUGUGUGGUGUUGGAAGGUGGGCCUGGCACGCUUGAUACCAUUUUCAACGCCAUCACCAACGGGACACCCUGUGUGAUAGUGGAGGGGUCAGGACGCGUGGCCGAUGUCAUCGCUCAGGUGGCCAACCUGCCCGUCUCCGAGAUUACCGUUUCCCUGAUCCAGAAGAAGCUGAGCAUGCUCUUCCAGGAAACCUUUGAGACUUUUACAGAGAACAAGAUUGUAGAAUGGACCAAAAAGAUCCAAGACAUCGUGCGGAGAAGACAGUUACUGACUAUUUUCCGAGAAGGCAAAGAUGGUCAGCAGGAUGUGGAUGUGGCCAUUCUUCAGGCAUUGUUGAAAGCUUCUCGGAACCAUGACCAUUUUGGUCAUGAGAACUGGGACCACCAGCUGAAGUUAGCAGUGGCCUGGAACAGAGUGGACAUUGCUCGGAGUGAGAUCUUUACAGAUGAGCGGCAGUGGAAGCCCUCAGACCUUCAUCCCAUGAUGACUGCUGCCCUGAUUGCUAACAAGCCUGAAUUUGUGAAACUUUUCCUGGAGCACGGAGUCCGUCUGAAAGAGUUUGUCACCUGGGACACCCUGAUCUACCUCUAUGAAAACAUGGCCCCCUCCAGCCUGUUCCACAGCAAGUUGCAGAAGGUGCUGAUGGAGGAGAUGGAACGCUCUGCUUACCCCUCCUUGCCCAAGAUCCAGAUGCACCAUGUGUCUCAGGUCCUGAGGGAGCUGCUGGGGGACUUCACCCAGCCCCUCUACCCAAAGCCAAAGCACACGGAGCGACCACGGCUGUCCUUAGCCGUGCCACACAUCAAACUCAAUGUGCAAGGUGUGAGUCUCCGAUCACUCUACAAGCGCUCCCCGGGCCGGGUCACCUUCACCAUGGAUCCCGUUCGAGACCUUCUCAUUUGGGCCAUCAUCCAGAACCGCAGGGAGCUGGCAGAAAUCAUCUGGGCCCAGAGCCAAGACUGUAUUGCAGCAGCUCUGGCGUGCAGUAAGAUCUUGAAGGAACUCUCCAAGGAGGAAGAUGACACAGACAGCUCAGAGGAAAUGCUAACCCUUGCUGAGGAAUACGAGAACCGAGCCAUCGGAGUCUUCACGGAAUGUUAUCGGAAGGAUGAGGAGAGAGCCCAAAAGCUUCUUAUUCGAGUGUCUGAAGCCUGGGGGAAAACUACCUGUUUGCAGCUGGCUCUAGAAGCCAAAGACAUGAAGUUCGUGUCCCAUGGAGGCAUUCAGGCUUUUCUGACCAAGGUCUGGUGGGGGCAACUCUGUGUGGACAAUGGGCUGUGGCGGGUGAUCCUGUGUAUGCUGUUUUUCCCCCUUCUCUACACUGGUCUCAUCUCUUUCAGGGAGAAGAGGUUACAGUCUGUGAGCUGCCUCGCCCGGUUCCGAGCCUUCUUCACGGCCCCGGUGGUCAUCUUCCACCUGAACAUCCUCUCCUAUUUCAGCUUCCUCUGGCUCUUUGCCUAUGUGCUGAUGAUUGACUUCCAGCCAACACCUUCCUGGAGGGAGUAUGUCAUCUACUUCUGGCUCUUCUCCCUCGUGUGUGAGGAGACACGUCAGCUUUUUUAUGAUCCGGAUGGUUUUGGAUUACUGAAAAUGGCCUCUUUAUACUUCAAUGACUUCUGGAAUAAAUUGGAUGUUGGUGCUAUUUUGAUCUUCAUAGCAGGUUUGACUUGUAGGCUAAUUCCUGCUGCUUUAUAUCCGGGACGGAUCAUACUGUCUCUGGAUUUUAUUAUGUUCUGCCUUCGGCUGAUGCACAUUUUUACAGUUAGUAAAACUCUGGGGCCCAAGAUCAUCAUCGUGAAGAGAAUGAUGAAAGAUGUCUUCUUCUUCCUUUUCUUGCUGGCUGUUUGGGUGGUGUCCUUUGGGGUGGCCAAACAGGCCAUUCUGAUCCAUAAUGAAAAUCGAGUGGACUGGAUCUUCCGGGGUGUGGUCUAUCACUCCUACCUCACCAUCUUUGGACAGAUCCCCACCUACAUUGACGGAGUGAACUUCAACCCUGAGCAGUGCAGUCCUAAUGGAACAGACCCCAAAAAGCCAAAGUGUCCUGAGAACAAUGAAACCAGCAGUGAGCCCAUCUUCCCGGAAUGGCUUACUGUCAUCUUACUCUGCUUGUACCUGCUCUUUACCAACAUUCUGCUCCUCAAUCUGCUCAUUGCCAUGUUCAACUACACAUUUCAGCAGGUCCAAGAACACACCGACCAGAUCUGGAAGUUUCAGCGUCACGACCUUAUCGAGGAAUACCAUGGCCGUCCCCCCGCCCCUCCACCUUUCAUCCUCUUUAACCAUCUCCAGCUGUUCGUUAAGCGGGUCAUGCUUCGGAAACCAGCCAAGCGCCACAAGCAACUUAAAAAAAAGCUCGAGAAGAAUGAGGAAGCGGCUCUUCUUUCCUGGGAAAUCUACUUGAAGGAGAAUUACCUUCAGAACCAACAAUACCAGCUGAAGCAGAGGGCCGAACAGAAGAUCCAGGAUAUUGGGGAUAAAGUUGAUGUAAUGGUGGAUCUGUUAGACUUGGAUAGGCUGAAAAGGACAGGAUCUGUGGAGCAGAGACUGACGUAUCUGGAAGACCAGAUGUGCCAGUCAGCCAAGGCCUUAAACUGGAUUGUCAGAGCACUGAGGGAGAGUGGUUUUGGUUCGGAAGAGAGCUUCCCUGUUUUGGCAUCUAGGAAAGCCACUGAAGUGAAGGAAUUUGAUUUGGGCAAUAAGCAUGAAGUCAUAGAAGAUUUCUACCAUGUGAAUGCCCGCCAUUUUCUCUACCCCAACUCCACUGUUAUGCGCUUUCCUGUGCCCAAUGAAAAGGUGCCCUGGGAGAGGGAGUUUCAGAUCUAUGACCCUCCCUUUUACACAGCUGAGAGGAAGGAGAAGGCCACUUCUGACCCUCUGGGCACUUCCCUGGAGGCUCUUUCCCAGAUUAACUAUAACACUGUCGACGGGCUGAUAAACCGGCAGAGCUUCCAUGGCCCCUAUGUGGUCCAGGAUGGACUUCCACUGAACCCCAUGGGACGCACCGGGUUACGAGGCAGAGGAAGCCUCAGCUGCUUUGGACCAAAUCACGCCCUGCACCCUGUUAUAACACGCUGGAGGCGGAAUCUGGAUGGAGGAAUCUGUAGAAAAAGCAUAAAGAAAAUGCUGGAAAUCUUGGUUGUCAAACAUUCCCUGUCAGAACACUGGGCUUUGCCAGGGGGGUCCCUAGAACCCGGAGAGAUGUUGCCACGGAAGCUGAAGCGGAUCCUGAGCCAAGAAUUCUGGCAGUAUUUCGAGAACCUCCUGAAGCAAGGUGCAGAGGUGUACAAAGGCUACGUGGAUGAUCCGAGGAACACAGACAAUGCUUGGAUCGAGACCGUCGCCAUCAACGUUCACUUCGAAGACCAGAAUGACUUGGAGUUGAAGCGGCUGAAUUCGCAUCUCCAAGGCUGCGACCCAGAGGUGUCCAUCAGAUGGCAAGUGGUGGACAAGAGAAUUCCACUUUAUGCGAAUCACAAAGAAAUCCUUCAGAAGGCCUCUGCCCUGUUUGGGGCCUAUUACUGAAGACCUGCCCCCGACCCCGGCUCCAGGAGUCUCCUGUCUUUGGGAGCUGGAGGGGAGUCCUGUGUAUUAUUUAUGAUCAGAACAGAGCCGUCUGGUCCCUUCAUUUCUGCUCACUUCCUAAGAAGAAUUUACAGCAGAAAAACAAACUAAUCUCCCUAGGCUGAAGACUUCACGGAACCAUCGGACCCUGAUUAUCCUCAUCGUUCUCAACGGCUAGUAGUGCUCCGAGUGGGAAAGUGGGGCCGACGGCCCAAGAGCUACGUUUUGUCUGGGGUCCCACCUUCUUCCACACACAUUCCGAUCCAAAGACAGCCCCCCCCCCCCCCCCCGCCGGCUCCUCCCCGCUGCUUCUAAACCCAGAGCUUCCACCAAACGUGAACUUGUGGUAUUCGAUGCGGGUCGGGAAAAUGGAAAUUUAUCCUCACGCUUGAUGUGCCGGUUGCUUUACUCUCAUUGGUCAUUGGUAUUUACUGAGUGUGCAAAGCACUGUACUAAGUGCUUGGGAGCGUACACGUUCCCAGCCCACAAUGAGCUUACGGUCUAGAGGGGGAGAAGAUGGAAUUUGCUGCCUCUGCCCUUCCCGCCGCCAGUCCCGAGGCAGCGGUUGCCCCCGUCUUUUCUUGUUUCUCAGAUGCGCGUCUUUCUGCCGUGCCCUAAUCUGCGCUCCCCUACCCUAGCACAUUACUACCGGGCCGGGCCAGUUGCAAAGCCACAGUUACGGGCAAGAAAAUAUCAAUUUUCCACUGGAGUUUUAUCCUUCCUUUCCCCACUGUCCUGGAGCUUACCCCACUGUGUUGCUGGACCACCACCCUGGUGCCAGGGCCUAGGUUAGACGCUCAGCCCGAGACUCGCUCCCCUGAAGAGAAGGUUAAAGGGCUCUUUCCCCAUUGUGGGGCUGAGUUGAUGGAAUUUGCAGGUGACUGGUUGGAAGUUCCAGGCCCGUUCUUCCUCCCCACCCUCCCUCCAGGAUCCUUCCCUGGACCUUUGGGCCUGAGCUUCUCUGCCCGGAAAGGAAGAGCGAUGAAGUCGGGGCUAGAUCCACCCUCUUCAUACAGUUCUUCCCUCUCCGCAGCUGGGCUGGGGGGGGGGGGGGUCCACGUACCUGCUCAGAUACAGGGAGCCAAGCCGAUGCCUCUCCGUCAUACUGACCGGGGCCCUUUUUGUCAAUCUUGUAGAUGUAGGGGGAAGCAGUCUGUAGCUGUGAGUGCAAAUGAUAUAUACCGUAAUAUCCUUUGAGACGGAGGGUGCUCUGAAAAAAGAAAUUAAAUCUCUCAACUCUAA